AUGUCAUUCUGGGGAAAUACCAUUUCACCACCUAGCAAAAAGAAAAAAGAUAUCCAUCCAGCGCCGUCUUCGUCAAAUGAAACACGAAGUUUCCUAAAUGCAACUACGACAGAGCCUGCAAGGAUUGAAAUUAGUAAGCUAAUUUCUACAACAAAAAAGAAAGAGAAAAUCCGGCACAAGUUAGGAGUCGAAAAAAUCUCAGAUCUUGAAUCACAACGUGCAUCCUUGAUAGUCGUACGUGAUUCUGGUUUAUCUACCGUAACAAAGGAACAAAUAAACACUGUGAAAGAAACCAUAAGAAAAGAAAAAACAAAAUUGGACAGAUUGAUUCGUGAAUCAGCUCGUCAAAGAAAACGAAGACAAAAACUUAAAGAGAGCAUCGAAACUGUGUGUCAGAACAUCCCUGAAGCAUCAAGUGCUUUGAAACAGUUUAGUCGAAACCAUACUGGACGACCGCGUCUCGAAGUUGACCAACCAGAGCUUUUAUCAACAAUUAUAAAAAUUGUGCAAAAUUUAUCAGCAGCUGACGAACGUCGAAGAACAGAAUGUCUCCGUAGCGUCUCCACUUUAGAUUAA